AUGCCGUCCGCUCCUUCACCUCCGCAUCAUCCCAAGCGCGCGAGGGCAACGCUGGACGAACGCCCCAGCAGCAGUUCCGGGCCCGGAUUCAGCCAACCUUCCUCCAGACACAACGACUACGACAAGCGUCGGUCAAGAGACGACCUCCUCGUCGGACUCAUGACAACGGAGAAGCGGGAGCAGACACAGCAGCAGUAUCGCCUUCAGGAACACCAUCAUCGACAGCAGCAGCAGCAACGAUACAAGUCGUUCCACGUGCCCAUUCGGGGCGGACCGCCGCAGGCACAGGUGCCGUCACCACAAGCACCCGGCUUCGCGCAGAGCAGCUUCUCAUCCCAAGGAUCGACUACCCCAAUUGCGGACUCGCGAGGUAUCGGCGACGCGGGCGCCAUUGCCAUCGGCAUGGCGUUGGGGAGCCCGUCCCAUCCACCCCCAGACGCAGGCUGGAUACCCAGACCGGAUAAGAGUGCCACUGAAAGGACACCGACUGGAACCCGACCUGCGGCAGCGAUACCCGAGGAGGAGGCGACGCCCAAGAAGAGUCGCAAAUGGGCUCUCUUCCGCAGCAAAUCCAAGUCCGCCAAGAAGAAGGACAACGCUUCACCACCGCAGACCUCGGUCAGGUCGCCAGCAACGGCGAGACCCAGUGCCUUGCGAAGUGACACCGUCGAUGCACCUCCGUCCAGGUCAGCCCCUCAAGUUGUCCGAUCACAGACCGCACCAGUGAUGGCGAGCAGUAGACGACCUCAGCCUCCUCAGCCUGCGCAAGCAUCCCGCCAGAGUCCCAGGCCGCCACCCAGACAUGCCCAGACAACGCCAGCUCCAGCUCCGUCUCCGUCUGCGUACGACGAGCGGCCUGUGCCCGCCGCAGGCCCCCAAUUGCCAACUUCGAGGAGUGGCCCCAUGCUCGACGUUGAGAUACCCGAUAUCACGUUGGAGCGAUAUAGUGUCAUGUUUGGCCAGGUUCUGAUGAACAAAAGACGACAGUCUCGCGACCUUUUGACAUCCUCAUCCUCCUUGCUGGCGAGGCGGCAGGCCACGCUGGACAAGCUGGCGCCCGUUGCUGGUGAAGCGAAAGCCGCAGAGUUGAGUCCGCUCCAGCCACCACCCAGCAGGGCUCCGGUGACACUAGUCAAGGAGUCGCCUACCUUUCAUUUGUUUCCACCAUCAUCAAGGCGGUCAAGCUCUGCGCAGGCGCAAUCGCCUCGGUCUCGUUCCAACACAUCCCCAGCGGGUCUCCCUUCACCUGGUCUGCCGUCCGCAGGAUAUAACAAUGGACUCGCCGGUAUGACUCCUCCUAUGGCUCCAGCCUUGAGGGCGCAAACGCUCCCCCGGACUGCCCACGAGAAUCAUUCGAUGGACAGGUUGCCCAACACCGACAGCCCGGUGCAUCGGAGGCCCCAGCUCGCCUCUCGCUUUACACGGCAGCUAACGCCCAUCACAACAACCAACACCACGACAUCGGCAUCCACUCCUGUGUUUGACUCGCCCACCAGUAUCGAAGAGUCCGCAGAAGCCGUGCUGAGUGCCACGUAUCAACCCAGCGCUAACGACCCGGCAUGGGAAAUGAUCUCCCCGCCCCCCUCUUCCCACGAUAGCGAUACUCCCAAGAAGAACUCGCUAUCCUCCGUCGUUUCGUCCGAGCAGAUCGCCGUGGUGAAACCCACCGUGACCGUCACAGACCAGGACGCCGAGGCCGAAAAGGCCCUGCGAGAGGCUGUGCAGGCCUCCAUCACCAGGCAGAUCAGCGUGUCGAGGGAACAGAGAUCGAUGCUGGGGUCCAUCAGGGGGAGGACUCCCAGGGGGCAACAGGGUUCAGUGCCUGUCGGUUUUGGGCCCGUGGUCGUGUCUGACGGCAAUGAGCGACUGAGCGAGACUAGGAAGCUUACACCGAGGGUCGUGCAUCCUGGCGACGAGAACACACCCAGGUCGUUCCAUACGCACCGUCGCAGUGAGCGCGUGGUCGUCGAGGGUCUGUAG